UCUUUUUCUUCUCUCUUCUCUUCGUUGACCCGAUGGUGUUCAGGUCGCCGCUCGAGCUCUUUCACGCCCAUCUCUUCCUGCCCGGCACGCUCUUACCGGAGGAGCCUCCCACGUGUGCACCUGCCUCUGCUCUCCCGGGGCUCUGCUUCUACGCAGCGCAGGUGGCCAGUGUGUGUGAGACUCUGGAGGAGAUCGGGGACGUCGAGCGGCUUGCGCGGUUCCUGUGGUCCCUGCAGGUGGUCCCAGGUGGCGCGUGCUCCAUCGCCGAGCAUGAAUCAGUCCGUAGUGCGUAUGCUGUGGUCGCCUUUCACACCGGGAACUACCGCGAGCUCUAUUGCAUCCUGGAGAAACACAGCUUUACGCACUGCGCCUCGCAAGGUAAGAUACAGGCCAUGUUGCUCUAUGCGCAUUACGGGGAGGCUGAGAGGCUGCGCGUGCGGUCGCAGGGCCCGCUGGACAAGUACCGUGUAAGGAAGAAGAUCCCGUUACCAAGAACGAUCUGGGAUGGCGAGAGGAAGACACACUGCUUCAAGGAGCGGACGCGGGGCCUGCUGAGGGAAUGGUACCUCCAGGACCCCUACCCAGACCCCGCGAUGAAACGGGAGCUGGCGCGCGCCAUCGGGCUCACUCCAACUCAGGUCGGAAACUGGUCGGAGACAGAGAGACCACGGCCGCCAACAAGAACAGGUCAUUGUCAUUAA